AUGGCAGGAACCAAUCUUGCUGAAAUUUUGCGUCUGAACCUUGGAGAGGUCAAGCUUGUCCUGCAAAAGCUUGCUUCUCUAAAUCCAACACCAACGAUAGCGCUCAAUGAGGCUUCUGAGUUGCUUCAAAAGCACCUCAGCGUUGGCCUAUGCAGCAUUACGGGGCUCACGGACCAUUGUACUUCGUUUGUCUUAUUGGCGGCGUAUGGAGUGGGGGCUCAUGAGCUGGAGCGGACGCCGGUAAUGCGAGGGCCGCAAUGGUCAGCGGCGCAUUUGCUGCAGCAGCCAGUGUACCUUUACCUUACGGCGAAGAAUGAUGCCGAGGCAGCACAGCUACCCCUUGACUUCCAGGCCUUGUAUAAGUAUGGGCUGCGGUCGUUUUUGUCCAUCCCCAUCUCGACCGACCACGAGGUCCUGUCAGUCCUGACAAUCGCAAAAGAGGAUGCAGACGGCUUCGAAGUCGAAUGGUGGGAACCCAUGUUGGGCUGUCUGUCCACCGGAUUGCUGUACUACCUGCGCAGCGAGCAGACCCAAAAUCUCUGCCAGCUCAUGCGGAACCUGGACUCUUCCCCCGACUACACCAACGUCGUACACCAGCUACUGCGCGGCGCACACUCGCUGCUACUGCGCGCCACCAACAUCCGCACUGGGUGUCGCCUGGCGCUACUGCCCACCUCGGACAUGUCCCGUGCCCUCAUCUUCGAGCCCGACCGUGCCAUGUCGGCGGCGGAAGGCUACGGGGCCGCGGGCCUGCCGAUGGAUGUACGGGACAGCGCGCCGCAGAUCCACGUGACGGAGAUCCAGCUGGAAAAUACGCUGCUGCUGGAUGCCGUACAGAAGGGCAAGGCGCGGUUUGUGUCGGACUGCGCGUCGUACAUUCAGUCGUGUAUGAAGCCUGCGACGGACAUUUUUAUUUCGGGGCAGGAGAUGGUGGCUUCGAUUGUGGUGUUGCCUCUUAUCUUUGACGGCAUCACGUUUGGCGGUUUCUACGUGACGCUCGAGACGACCAGCAACUUUCAGAACAUCAAGGACCUGUUGAUGGGUCUGGUGAACAGCGUGGUGCUGCUGCUGGCUAAGAGGCUGCAGCCCCAUCGAGAUCAGAUUUGGGAGAGCAUCCUAACGCGCGGCGGAGGUCCCUCCGAUUUGGACCAGCGAGAGCGGUCCGAGAACGCCGGCACGGGCGGCGGCGGCGGCGGCUCGGGCGCUGCCGGCGGCCAGGGCGACUCGGUGUACCUGAACUCGGAGGGCGUUGCCAAGCCGGUGGUUGUGAAGCGGUCCUGCACGGAGGCGAUGCUCAAGGUGCUGCAACAUGAGCUGCGGAAGACUCAUGCCAAGACGGCUCAGCAGCACGAGUGGAUCGAGGAGCUGACGCUUACGGAGAUUGUGGGCAAGGGCGGCUUUGGGGUGGUGUAUAAGGGCACUUUCAAGGGCAGUGUGGCGGCAGUCAAGGUGAUGUAUGCCCGUCAGCACGAGCGGCAGGCCAUGAAGGACGCUCUGGAGAUGGCGGUGCUCACCACGGUGAGCCACCCGCACAUCAUCCAGGUGUUCAACUGCUUCACGGAUAUGGUGGAGGACGCCAGUGGCACCAACUCACCCUCGCCCACGGAGGGACGAAUCAACGUCAGGUUCCGUGGCUUGCAGCCCGACGAGGACCGCAGUCUCGCCACCUGCAACAUCCUGGUCAUGGAGUUCUGUGACAAGGCCUCCCUGCGCCAUGCCAUGAAGAAGGGCGUGUUCCACAAGCGGCUGGGCAACACCAGUGUGGCGGUGGACCUGUGCGCCAUCGUGCAGGUGCUUAUCGAGGUGGCGCAGGCCAUACAGCACCUGCACUCGUUGAAGCUCAUCCAUUGCGACAUCAAGGUCGGGUCCAAGUUGACCACCAGUGUAGACACCUUUAGCUUCGGCAUCAUGAUGUGGGAGUUGUACACGGGCCAGCGGGCGUACGGCGGAUUGGGACGAGAUGCCAUCAUCGACAGGGUGUACAAGAAGAAGGCCCGACCCAUCUUCCCCCUGGGGGUGCCUCAGCAGUACGCCACCCUGGCCAAGGCCUGCUGGGACAACGACCCGGCCGCCCGGCCGCCCUUCACGCAGAUACUGCUGCGCCUCUCGGAGAUGCUCGCGUCCUUCACAUCGGCAUCGGCACAGGCGCAGCAGCAGCAGCAGCAGGGCGCCGCUGCCGCGGCGGCGGCUGUGGCCGCCGCCGCGGCGGCGCCUCCGGCGGCGCCGCCAGCCGUCGCCUCCGGCGGCGGUGGUGGCUCUGCGUCGCCGACGCCGAUAGGUAGCGGGGGCGCGACGAUGCCGACGCCGGUGCCGGCUGCGGGCAGGGUGGCAUGA